AUGCUCGAUAUUCUCUGCACAUACCCGCUCUCCUCUGACCUAUUCGCUCAAGCUACUCAUCCUUCGAGUCCAUUGGUUGCUUUCGGCCUCGCAUCUGGCCAUGUUCAACUGAAUCGGCUCCCUCCAUCCGCGUCCAAGGAGUCUCCCUCACAAAAUGGCUAUGGAACAGUAGAAAUAGCAUGGCGGACCCGGCGUCACAAGGGCAGUUGUCGGUCUCUAGCCUUUUCGCCUGAUGGCGCCAAUAUCUAUUCGGCGGGCAGAGAUGGGAUCGUGAAACUUGCAUCUACAGAGACUGGCCAAGUCACGUCCAAAAUCGCAGUCCCUCUCCACAAGUAUGAUCCACACCUCUCCCCUAAAACACCAUACAUUGACGCGUCAAAUUACAGUCAGAGACCUGAUACACCAACUACCCUUCACCCAAUCACUCUGUCCACCCUCCUUCUGUCCACCGACUCCGGCCCGCUCCACAUCUACGACAUCCGCGCUUCCAACGACAUCUCCUCCAAACCCAUAAAAACUCACACCGCUAUCCAUGACGACUACAUAACCUCCAUCGCCUCCAUUCCCCAGAAAUCGACCAGCUCCGCUAGCUCGACCGACCCUAUCCAGUUCCUCACCACAGGCAGCGCAACAGUAGCCAUUACCGACCUCCGCAAAGGCGUGCUCGUUCAGUCUGAAGACCAAGAUGAAGAAUUAUUAUCUAGCACCAUCUGCGCUGGCAAAGCCGUUGUCGGGGGUGAAAAGGGUGUGUUGAGAUUUUGGGAUGUAGGGAGGUGGGAUGAUAGUGAGGUUACGGUCGUGAUUGGGGGAAAGGGUGGGGGUGCUGAUGUGCUGACUACGAUGCCGGAGGAGGAGGGUGGAGGCAAGGGGUCUGUGGCUGUGGGAUGUGAGGAUGGGAUGGUUAGGUUCUUGGAUGUGCCGGCUGGGAGAGGGAGGCCGAAGGUUGUAGGGAAUGGGGUCGUGCAUGAUGAGGUUGAUGGCGUCGUGGGACUUGGAUGUGUUGGGGAAGGAAGGUUGAUUAGUGGUGGAGGCAUGGUGGUAAAGAUUUGGGAGGAGGGAGGGGAAGUGGAUGAGGACAGUGUGAAUGCGGAGGAUGAAGGGGGUAGGGACGGGGCUCAGAAGGAUAGCGAGGAUGGAAGUGACAGCAGCGAUGAUGAGCGUCCAAGAAAGAGGCGAAAGAAGAGGAAACGGGGAAAAGAAAUAGGGAAGGGUCAGAGAGAUGUGUUUGCAUUCAAGGACUUGGAAUGA